AUGAAUAACAGAAAUUAAAUGUAAAAAGGGUAUCAGUAUCCCUUAAUACAGAUUUCAAUAGAUUUAAGUUAAAAUCGAACAGAUAAAAUAAUACUUUAUAGACAUACUGAUCCAAAUUAAGAAGCGGCAUCUUUUGUUUAUAGAAAUAAUAUAGAACCAAAAUUGAUACCAAUUAUCUCUAAUAGCAUAAUAAAAUUAAUGAAAGCAUAUGAUGAAAUGAUGAUCAUCACGUAUGUAACUUAAUUAAUAUUUUAGGAUGUAUAAUAAGAUAAUAAAUAUUUAAGAAAUUUAAAGUAGAAUCAUCUAGAAUUAUAAUAAAAAUUAAAAACUUCAAGCCCCUAAAGAUUGAAAUCAAAUUAACAGAACUUAAAUAUAUCAAAAUCUAAUGAAUAUAUUCAUGAUGAUGACCUUCCUACUGAUAAAGUUAUUAUCAAAAAGCUUUUUUCCCUCUUAGAUACAGAUUAUGAUGGUCUAAUAUCAAUUAACAAAGUCAAUCUAUAAAAUAUUCCAAAUCAACUUAAAAAUAAAGUAAUGAUUAAUUAAUUAUAAAUCAGAUCUAAAAUAAAAUUUAGACAUCUUCAAAUCCUUUAGAUUUUGAAUUGUUUUAUUUAAAAAUAAAAGAAGACUCUUAGGAAGAAUAUUUUUAAUCUUUGAAAUUAAUUAGUUAAAUGUUUAACAUAUCCAGAAUUAAAGUGUUAAUAUGA